CACACCUAGACCACAAACACAAUGUCCCAGGCCGACAUAGACCAGCUCGCGCGCUGGCGGACGCUCGGCGCACGGAACUCGGAGGACGUGGUGCGCCUGGCGCCGGGAGUGCUCGCCGCGGGUGGGCUGGGCGACACUGAGUGGGCUGUCCGCGAGCAGCUCGCGAUCGCCGCGCUUGACCUUGGGCGGAUCAAGCUUGCCACUACACAAAUCAACGCCCUCGAGUCGCAGUUCCGUGCCUCGCCCCGCGUCGACCUGCUCCUCGGGCUCAAGCUCGAGGCGGUGGGCGACCUCGAGCGCGCGGGCAAGGUGUACUCUGCGCUGUUGAAGACUGACGCGACGAACGUGUCGGCCCACCAGCGCAUCAUCGCGCUGAGCGCCACGCCGACCGAGACGAUCCAGCGCCUGCUCGCCUACCUCGACACGUUCUACGCCGACCCGGCCGCCUGGUCGCUCCUCGCCGAGGCGUACGCCAACGAGGGCGCGUACGCGCAGAGCCUGGCCGCGCUGGGCCACCUGCAGCUCCUGCAGACGUGGGACUCGCAGGCGGUCGUGCGUGCCGGCGAGACGGCAUACACGUUGAAAGACUACCCCCUCGCGCUCAAGUACUUCCUCCGCGCGGUCGAGAUGGAGACGCCGGUCGCGGGCAAGGCGGAAGGCCACCGCUCCCGCGCAUGGUGGGGCGUCAAGCUGGCCGCCAAGCGCCUCCUUGACCCCAAGCACGCCGACACCGAAACCUCGCUCCCAGAGUCCGAGCGGACCUCGGAAGCCCAGCUGCGCAAGCUCGACGCGCUCGCGACCGAGCAGCUGCUGGCGCUGGGUGGGGCCAACUUGGCUGAGCGGAGAACGGUGCUGGGUGAGGCUAAGGCGAAGCGAUAGAGACUUGUACUAUUCUGGCAGAG